UUACUCGAUUCGCGUCCAGUUUUCCGGUGGUCUGCGCCGUCCGUCCGCCGUCACCCGCCGCAAACGCUUACAACGAUAACUGCACUAUCUAACAUUACAAUCGUUCCAUCGAAGGUCRUUCGAGUGGCGUCGCGAUAUCGAUAAAUCGGCAAAAAAAGUUUUUUUUUCGUUUUCCUACCGUUCGCCGCCGUUUAAAUUCAUCGCACGAUGUCUGCUGUUAAGUUCGUCGCUGUGUUCGUACUGGUGGCCGUGGUCGCGUCGGUGGCCGGUUCGCCAAUGUCGUCGUCCUCGCCUCARCAGCCGCCUCCACCGCCACGUGACCAGCAGGACGGAACUAAUGACGUGAACCUAUUGCAGCAGCCGCACGCCAAGCCGUCGUACGUGAUACGCGAGGAAGAGCUGAUCCGGAAGUUGAACGCCAAGUGCGGCGCCCGGGACGUGUCCAGCUGCGUCAUGCUGAAACUGGUCACGUACAUGAACAAGCUGAUGAAGAAGAACAGCCUGGAGAUCAGCGACAUGAUGGAGAUUGCCAAAAAGGAUGGACAGGCCGAGGAAACUACUAACACCGACGAGGCGUCAUCGAUCCGCGUGGACGGCUCUGCCAGAGCGUACACCGACGAGUCGGCGUUCGGAGAGGUGAUGGCUGACAAGCUGUGGAGGUACGUCCAGUCUCGCGCGCUUAAGAUCAAGGUACUGCCCGAGGCCGAUUUUGUCGUGUCCGCGUCSCCGGAACAAGAUGGUUCACUCAACUUUGGCAUGUCGUUCAGGUCCGGCAAAGAUUUGACCGAAUCCGGACGGGGUAAGAACAAGAAUAUGGGUCCUAUGAUGGCGGCCAUGAUGAUGAAAAUGGGAAUGCUCAAGGUCAUGGCAUUUAAGGUUCUCGCCCUGCUUGUAGGAAAAGCUUUGUUUGUCAGCAAGCUCGCUUUCCUGUUAGCCACCAUCAUUGGGCUGAAAAAGUUGUUCAGCCAACAGAAACACGUCACUUACGAGGUGGUAGCUCACCCGCACCACGAGUCCCACGGCAGUGACUCUUACAGCUCGGCCGGAUGGGGACGUUCGUCAUCGGAGGCCGCUCACAAUAUGGCCUAUUCCGGACAGGGCCAGCUGUAGAAACGACUUCGCCAUAAUUAGGUAACUGCAUAAGACAUUACACGAUGAAGUCCUGUAUUCCACUGCAGUAUAUAUGCCUGGUUCAAACGUUUAUAUAGUCAGCACCUGCUCGUCCGCACCACCGGCGUUCAGUAUAUUAUUUGAACAUCCAUUAAUUUAUUUGGAAAAAAAACCAAGAAAAUCACGUUAUUUAUUAUUUAUUAUUUAUA